AUGGCCGAGCAGUCACCAGAGUCUAGACCACUGCCCAAUACAGAUGCUAGGCAGAACACCGAGCACCCAACAUCCAAUAUUGUUCAUUCUGAGAAAGAACCCCAGGUAUGGAAGCUGGACAUUGAUGGCUCAUCUAUCGACCAGCUGUUUGGGGCCGGACAAACAUUAAUCACUCCUGAAGGGCAACUCAUACAUUGUGAACUUUGUUUUGGAUUUAAAGCAUCCAAUAAUGAAGCAGAGUACGAUGCAUUAAUUGCAGGGCUGGGGUUAGCAAGGGAAGUGAAGGCUGAAGUCAUGGACAUAUACAGUGAUUCUCAAUUGGUUGUCAAUCAAAUCCUCGGUGAGUACAUUGCUCGGGGAGAAAAAAUGAUGGCCAGAACUAGUCCUUUUAAUAGACAACUCUCAAUCCUAGAUGACCCUGAUAGCAGCUUAUCUAGAACACAUAGUCAUACCCAACAAUUGCAAUGA